GGGUGGGGGUUGUUACGAAGGGGGAAAAAAUGUCAAACGUACGCAUUUCUAAUGGUAGUCCCUCGCUGGAACUAAUGGCAGCGCAGAUAACAGGGAACGCGAAACCCUCUGCUUGCCGCAGCCUCUUCGGUCCCAUAGACCACGACGGGUUGAACCGAGACCUGCAGCUGAAAAAACAAGAGAUUCACGAGCAGGACAGAGGGAGAUGGAACUACGACUUCGAGAGGGACAAGCCGUUGGAUGGAAAUUACAAAUGGGAAGCCGUGGAUCGUGAAGAUGUGCCUAAUUUUUACUGGCGGCCCUCCAGAGAGCAAGUGUCACCGGCCGAGCAGUGCGGGAUUGAUGUGAAUGGCAACCAUGCGAUAGUUUACACAGGGACCCGGCUUCAGGGCGACACGGACUUAGCGAACCUACAGCGGGAGGAACUGGUCACAGAGCGGUGCAGCAGUCCCCGUAAGCGGUCUGCGUCAGGCGAUGACAUCCCAGACGCAAAGAGGUUGAAUUCGAAGACCGAAACAGACUGGUCAACAAAUUCUCCCACCGCGGGCACAUUAGAAAAGACACCGAAAAAAACGAUUUCUCGUGGACAUCAAACAUAGAAAUCACAAGACACGAUGAUCCUCUUUUCCUUGUUCAUCUAUGGCAGUGCUUACAGGAGGAGGGACCCGUUCCUCACUCACACACACACACACACACACGCACACGCACACACACACACACACACACACAUACACAUAUCGUUGCCUCUCCCAUGGUGGAGAGAGUCCAAGCACUGAACUCAAGUGAACACUAAAACCGCCCAUUUUAGAAUGGAUAUAUCGCAGUGCAAUUAGGUUGUGGUUCUUCCUUUUCACUUGGCUGAUUUUACUACCUGUGUAUAUAGUUUUUUUUUGUAGCACAUAAACCAGUUUGGUGGGGAAAAGAGGGGGGGGGGGAGGGAAUGGAAACAUGUUAAAAGUUCAGAGUUUAGAAAAAUAUAUAUGAUUUGAAUAGCAGCAAUGUAGGUUUUUUUCCCUAUGGACUUGCAAAACUACCGAGCUGUGUAUUGUAUGUUAAAAAAAAAAAAAUCUAAUGUACCUGUGUACAUAACUUUGUAAAGACACUGAGAAAUUAUACUAACUUAUUUAUGUUAAAAAGAAUUGAUGUUUUUGUUUUGGAUUCUAGAAGAUAAUUUUCCGUUAAGCCACGGUGGCAUAUUUUCAUGUGCAUUUGUAAAUGCUUUAAUGUAGAUUUUUCUCCUCUAUUUUGCCUGUCAUGAUGUAAGGCCAUGCUGGAAAGAAAAAGCGUCCUGAGCCAGGCUUGUUUUCUGCCUUAGCAUUGGUUAUAUUUCUCUUUUUGUUUGUUUUGUAACGUGUGGAAAGAUGCUGCCUUUUGGUUUGCAUCGUGAAAUCAAAUAAAGAAAAAUGUACAAUA